UGCAAUUUUUUCAGUACAACUUCCUUUCAGCCGCCCUAACUCCUUGCCACGGGUCAGCUUGAUAGCUGAUUCUCUCCCAAGGCUGACCCUGAUACAGGUUACCUGUUCAGGCACCAUUCGUGGCAGGAAAGUCGUGGACUCCAUUUCUGAUGCUGAAUGAAGAUCUUUAUUGCAGUUGCUUACAACUUUUUAUGCCUGUGCAACAACCCCUUGCUCACAUGUACCAACCAGCUGCCUCGUGUGUGUUUACAUCUGGUCCAAGUAGCUACUAAACUUGUUUACUCACUUGCAAGGUAACGACUUUCUUUGUCCCAUGAUGGUCUCUGCAUGCUUUCUUUCCACUUAAGCCACAGUUAUUGUACAAUCCUAGCAUGGUUUGAGUUGGAAGGGACCUUAAAGCCCACCCAGUCUAGAGCACAUUUUCUGGGUUCUCACCAGGUUGUACCAAACACUGAACAUUCCAAUGACCUCAAUUCCUGUGCAGAGCUGGUCCAGUUGAGAAACUACUGAUAGAAAAGAGAAGGGGCUCAGUGCCUCUGAUAGAGCUGUGCUUGCCCUGCUAUAGACCUGGGGCUUUCUCUGUGCUAUGAGGGCUCCCUGAGAUGAUUGCUGACAGUUUCAGAAAUGCUUUGGGUAUGCCAGUUUCAUUUGCAGCUUCGGCUUCAGGGAGGAGAAGGCUUCCGCUGCCCCACCAACAGGAAGCUGCAGACUGUGAAGAGGUUCUGGGCUGCGUAGCAGAAGUGUUAGAGCCAAGCUCAGAAAGCAUCUGGUCCGCAGAGCACCGAAAGUGCAGCCAUGGAGUCCCAGGAGAAAGAAGCAGAUGAUGUGGAAAAGGCAAAACUUGCUAAACAACUGCUGGCAGAAACAUUUCAGAGUGAAGGGCUGGAUGAAGAAUACUGGCUUCCCAAGCUGAUGAACAUAUUAGGUGUGAAAUCCAAAGAAGCUUUGAAACAUCUGCAAUAUGAAGACUACCUGAAGCUGGAGAGUGAGGUACAGUACCCCUGGGAGAAAAGGGCACUCCGAAAGCUUCUCCAAAUUACAGACAGCAAGGCAACUGUUGAGGAGAAGCUGAAUCCGCGCCUGGAAAUGCUGAAGCAGAGGCAAGAAGAAGCCAAGCUGGCCCUGCAGGAGCUGAAAGAAAUGCAUGACAGCCACAGUCACAGCAAGGAGAUGGUGACACGGAAAGUGGAGGCACUAUGGCAAGCCAUGGACAUUCCCAAGGAGUACUGGCCACCACCAGAGAACACCUUGCCAGGUGUGCUUGCAAGCAUCCAGAAGCAACUGGAACGGCAGGAGGUGUCCUUGGGCAGGAGUGAGAAUGUCUCUGAUGAGGAGGUGCUGAGACGGGCGUCAGGAGGGCUGGCUCUGCAGGGCAUUUACCAAACCAACAACCUGGCAGAUGUGCUGGCAAAGCGAGAGCAGCUCAUCAGAGUCCCCGUGGGUUUCAAGCUUGCUGGUCCAGAGCAGAAGUCACAGUUUGAGAGGAGGGAGUUCUCCUCCUCUGCAGCAGAAGCCAAUUUCACCAGGUCCAUGGAGCAGCUGGGAUUCAGCCUAAGCGUUUCUGCCAAAGCCGCGUUCUGGGGGUUCAGUAUUGAAGGAGGUACAAAUCACAGCAGCUCCUCAGAGGAGGAAGACACUCGCCACUCAUGUUCAGAGCAGACGUACAUUUGUAGCAGCAGGUACCACUACAUCCCCACGGCCUCCUGCUUCUUCCAAAGGGACCAACUUCGCCUCUCAGAUGGGGCCCUGAGGGAGCUGCAAUGCAUCGAGGACCUUCUGAGCGUCACCCAGGAGGCAGACAGGCUCCACAUGCUGAAGAGCAGGUGUGCCAGCUUCUUCAGCAGGUUUGGGUCACACGUCAGCCAGGGACCCCUCCACUUUGGGGGCAUAUUCUGGUGGAAAGGUCUCACCAUAACAUCCAAAAGCAGCGAGGUGUCCUUUGAGCAGAAGAAUGACCGCUUGGCUUUCAUGGAAGAUAAGAUGAAGAACACGUGGUCUUCUGAGAUAGAAGAUCUCCUCAAGAAACAGAACAUGGUCAGAGACUGGAAGGUGCUGGAAAGAGACUUGCAGUCCUACAUCAGCGGGCAAUUGCAGAACACCUCUGUCAAUCUCAUGAAACACGGCAUAAUCAAAGACAUGGAAGGAACACUGCCUCCCAGUCCAUCCAAACACAAAUCAGAUGACAUGAAAUCCCAAACUCAUCAAGCCAGUGCAAACCCAGAGUUCCUCAACUUACUUAAGCGCCUUGGGCUAGAGAGAUACUAUCCAAGAAAAAUGGGGUCAGAAGACUUCCACAUCAUACACAAGACAUCUGUACAUGACAGCCAGCCCCGCGAGGAGAGUGAACUACCUUUUUACUUCCUGCAAAAGCUACUGUGUGUGGACUACAGGGUGAGGUACCUGACUUGCAAGGACAAGAGUAAGCCAGAAGUCUUGCCCACACCAAAAGCCACUGAGGAAGAGCCUUCUGAUUCCUUUGAUGACUUUUUCCGUCAGUUGGAUGAAGGAGCCUCUGAGUCUGCAAUCAGGGAGAGCCACGUGCACCCUAUGGACAUCCAGAUGGCCAUUUUUCAUUGCGCCAAUGAUUUCAUGAGGCAGUACAUAUCCUCAAAGCUUGCCUUCUGCCAGUUUGCACUCCCCCUCCUGGUACCCAACCCAUGCACAACAAAGAUCGAGCUCCCUCUCUGGUCCCUCAGCCAAAUCAAAAAGAGCUGGAAUGGAGCAGCAAAAUCAGGAGAGCAGAUGAAAAGUAGCAGCUACACAAACAAACUCAUUUAUCAGGCAGAGACACCCAUUGUGUCCUUCAUACGCAUCGGCAGCUCUCCGUCCUCUUCCAAGUCGCAGCUCCUGAACGCUCUCCUGAGCAAACAAAAACACGACAUAUUUUUCCACAGGCAUUGCAAAGGCAGCACCAAAGACUGUUUGCUGAUGAAAGGUGUGGUGGAGAUCUCCUGGUAUUGUCCCUGUGGUAGCGACGAUGACAGUUUUGACAGCUGUGUUGCAUUCUGUAACCUGCACGGAGAUGCCAGGGAUCACGAGCCACAGCUGAGCUUCUUGCAGGAGAUCUCUGCUGUGGUGGUCGUUCUCCUUUCUGAGUCAAUUCUGAGUGAGAAGAAAUGCAGGAAAAUUUUGCAAGACCUGUGGCAGUCUCAGAGGCCUUUGGUUUGUCUUUUCACUGAGAAAGAGAACAUUGCAGCUGGCCGAUCUAGCCAAAAUGUAAGAAUAGGUAUCAAGAACAGAAACGAAGCAGAAUUAAUGGGCGAGCUGACAAAAACAAUCCGAGAUCUCCUGCAGGGCUCAAGCACACUCCAUAGCCUUGAUAGUGUGUCUGAACAGGCUCGCCAGCACGGAUUCUUAGUUGAUGAAGAUCAGGAAGCGUGGAUGUGUAGCCAAAGGGAGGGCAAAGAGCUGGUGAGUCUGCUCAAGGAAGAGAAGCUGUCUGAGAUCAAAACAAAGCUACUGCCUCUUCAAGGAAAACUGUGGUACGAUUGGUGUAGAAAGGACAAAGAACUCACUCGCUUACAGGAGAAGGGGAACAACAGCAUAGAACAUCAUCGAAGCCAAAUUUGAAAGUACAAAGCUGCAAUAAGAAGAGAGCAAGAUAGCAAAGUACGCAGCCUCAAUCCGCUGAUGAAAUCAGUCCUUGGCUUUCUCCAGUCCCAGGCCAGUCAAACACCAAGAAAUACUUCCUGCAGUGCUGAUGAAGGUCUUCAUCCGAUGACCUGCCUCCCGAUCGCCUUAGAUGAACUGCAAGAAAGAGUAUCAUCAUUAUGGUCUCAAAUCCUGGCAAUGAAGAAAAGCAAUGAAGAAAGCAACUCCAAAACUGUAAUGAUGACAAGAUUAGAUUCCCUUUCCAAUGAAGUCAACAAUGCGUCCAUUGGCCUUGAGCAUAUUUUGAGAGAGGUAGGGCAGAUUUAUGAAGCUCUUGAAUCAACAGACUCCAAAGAUGAACGUUUACAAAAACUACCUGAAAUUGCAGCUGAUCUGAUGGUUUCUGGGUAUCCUAUUGAGCUGAUGGAUGGUGACGCUUCUUACGUACCCUUACAGUGGGUUGCAGCAAUCUUUGACAAGUUAAUUGAGAAGUUAGGUGACAAGCGAGUCUUUGUCCUCUCGGUGCUUGGCAUCCAGAGCACAGGGAAGUCAACCCUACUGAACGCCAUGUUUGGUCUCCAGUUCAAUGUCAGUGCUGGCAGAUGCACUCAGGGAGCUUUUAUGCAGCUCAUCAAAGUGGAUUGGAAGCUGCAGCAGGUUGUGAACUUUGAUUACAUUCUCGUGGUGGACACUGAAGGACUUCGUGCCAUAGAGAUGGCCAAUAAGCGGUCACUGAAUCAUGACAAUGAGCUGGCCACCUUUGUCAUUGGCAUUGGCAACAUGACUCUGAUCAACAUCUUUGGAGAGAACCCUUCCGAAAUGCAAGACUUCCUUCAGAUUGCUGUGCAGGCUUUUCUGAGGAUGAAGCAAGUCAAGCUUUCCCCAAGCUGCCUGUUUGUACACCAAAAUGUGGGUGAAAUAACGGCAAAGGAACAGAACAUGGAAGGACAGAGGCGUCUGCAGGAGAAGCUGGAUGAAAUGACAGUGAUAGCAGCCCAGCAGGAAUACUGUGACGUCACCUGCUUCAGUGAUGUCAUCCGCUUUGACGUGAACACCCACAUUCAUUACUUUGCUCACCUGUGGGAGGGUAACCCACCAAUGGCACCACCCAACCCCACCUACAGCCAGAACGUCCAGGAAUUAAAGAGCAAAAUUCUGCAAGCUGCCAAGAAGGAAUCUCUGGGCAGUGUUCUGAGGCUGUCCAGCUUGAAAGAUCGUAUUAGUGACCUGUGGAACGCCUUGCGGAAUGAAAACUUCGUCUUCAGCUUCAAGAACUCAGUGGAGAUUGCUGCAUACAAGAAACUGGAAACAUCCUUUAGUCAGUGGACCUGGAAGCUGAGAAGGCACAUCUUGGACUUGCAAAUGAAACUGGACAAUAAAAUUCGGAAUGGAGAGCUAGGGAAAAUCACAACAUAUGAGCUUGAAGAACAGGUGCGAGAAACAAGUGAUGCCAUCAACAAAGAUGUGGAGAAGUUCUUCAGGGAAGACAGAGACUGUGAGAUAUUGAUUCAGUGGAAAAGUAACACGGAACUGAAGCUGAGAGAGCUAAAAGCGUCCCUUCUGGAUGAAACCAGGAGGAAGUGUGAGAAACUUCUAGAACUAAAGAAGAAUCAGAGUAAACUGGAUGAGAGGAAAUCUGAAUAUGAAAAUGAGCUCCUGAAAAAGAGCAGGGAGCUGGCUCUGUCUCUUAAGGGACAGGAAUUAAGUGAACGAGAAUUGAGAAAGAACUUCAAUUUCCUCUGGGUGACCUGGGUUACUGAAGUGUCUUCUAAUGCUCCCCGUCUGGAAGAGGUGAACAUUGAUGUGGAAAUAGAAAAUGUCCUUAUAGAAAAUUUCAAGGAGCCUAAUAUAGCGGAACGAAUUGAGAAGUUUUCUAACCAGCCCACCUUUACACUUGAUGUGAAGAAACACAUAUCCAAGAAAAAGGUUUUGGGUGUUAUUCGCUAUGGUUUUGGUGAGUGCAAUGUGAGCAGCUUCCAGUACCUUACAGACCGCAUCAUAAGGCGUGUGAAGGAAAACAUUGACCAGAAGGAAAAGGACAAAAUGGAUUACAGUUGCACUUUUAUUCAUGAAAUACUAAAGGAAGUACAGGAAGGUAUCGAAACUGUCCCUAGCUCUGAAAAAUAUCAUUUUACAAAAGAAUACCGAAUAGAUCUUUCGGUGUAUCUGUGCAGAAUGGCAGCAGCCAGGUUUAAGGAGAUGCAUGCGGCCUUCAGGAAAGCAAAUGACCCAGCUAUCUACCUGGAGAGCAAGAGAGAAGAUUUCUUCAAAUGUUUCCAGAUUUCCUGCCAAGGAGCCACUUCUAUCACAACAUUUGCUGAUUUCCUCUGCAGCAAGAUUGACCCAGGUCUUCGCCUGGCCAUUUAUGACAAGACAGCUCUUGUCAUAGCUGAGCGUAUGAGGAGUGAAGUACCAGAUUUCAGUGGCAGUAGAGCCAAUCUGGAAGUCUGCAUACUGAAAUACCUGGCACAAGAAGAAAAGUUUGAAAACUACAAGCUUUACCUUAGUUCCCCAGUAGACUUUUUGGAGAGCUACAUUCAGACACAUGUUGAGACAUACUGUUUAGAUCAGAACAGACGGCUGGUGAUGUUUCUAAAUACAACUCUUACCCAGUACUAUGAAACCAUUCAGAAAGCUGUUUUUGCAUCAACCGCAGUUGUCAAAGGCAGAAGAGACAGCAAUAAGAUCAUCUCUCUUUGGCUGGAUGAAUUCUGCAGAGAACUUGGAGGAGUCCUAAGAUUGCCCAGGGGUGACCUGGUUGGCAUUGAACAUCUGGAGAUAACUGACAUAGAGUUUCUGAAUGACGCCAUGAUGAAGGCCCUUUCACCUCUGAGGAAUCGUCUCAAGGAAGAGUUUGCUCAUGCUGAUUUGAGCUCAUUUGAAAAGCAGCCUCACAGGAUACUGGUGGAACAGUUUCCGGGGUGCAAGGAGCAGUGCCCAUUUUGCGGGUCAGUUUGCACAAACACUAUACCAAACCACGAUGGAGACCACCAGCUUGUCUUCCAUCGUCCACAAGUUUUGGGCAAAUGGAGAGUGUAUAAAACAGACAUCUUUGUCACUGAUAUUUGCUCUAGCAGUGUUGCCAGUGAUAAGCUCUUCAGGGUUAGCAAAUACCGGUGGUUACCCUACAAGAAAUACCGAGAUGCAGGACCUCCUUUUUCCACUUGGAACAUUCUUCCUGAUUCAUCCAUGCAAAAAUACUGGAAAUGGUUUGUGUGUCAUUUUAGGGAACAGCUAGAAGAAUUCUUCAAAGGUAAAUUCCACGACAGAGGAGAAAUCCCUGCUUCUUGGCACAAAGUUACAAAGCAGGAAGCACUUGAUGAACUGAGGUAGGCUAAGCUGACAUGAAGGAAAAUCUGCACAUUUCUGCAUCAGCCAUUCAUAUAGGCAAGGUUAAGAGCAAGGCAGCAUUAGAAAGCACCAAAGUAUCUGCUAUGUGAAAGUAAAUGACAUUGGCAAAAGAACAGUUUCCCUGCAGGAAAUCAUCAUCACGCUUAAAGAAAGGACAGCGAUGUCUGAGUGCAGGUAAACAUUUGUGGGCAUUUAAAAACCCCUUCUUGCUAAACUUAGUACCCCGCUCAGUGAUAGUGAUUAAUCUCAGUAUUCAUUAGGUAUCCUUCCUAUGUUAAGAUGUGCCCACAUUUCCACGAGCUCCUGCUCAAGUCCCCUGUUGAACUUCCCUCUAUCUCGCUGACAAUCCAACUGCAUUUAGCGUGUGCUUAGAUUCUGGGCAAAAGCCCAUUGUAGAACCAACACAGAGAAUUAGUUAUCUCUGCAGCUUCCUCAGCAGGCAUCAGCAGUGUGUGAUGUUAGCAUUUGUGUUUUGAAGUCAGCCGGGAACUGGGUGCUGGUCUGUAGAACAUCUCACCAGCUCUGCCUGUACCAGCUCAGGCACCAGUAGGGUUUGCUGCACAGUUCCUGCAGUACUGUUGAUGCUCCUGGAGAGUUGGUGUUCGUUAUAAGCAUUUGUAGCCUUGCUAAUGAACUGGUAGAGUUGGACUGGACUGGUGUCUGCAUGCUUUCUUUCUUCUUAAGCCACAAUUAUUAUAUAUUCCUAGCAUAGUUUGCUUUGGAAGGGACCUUAAAGCCCACCCAGUCUCAAUCCCUGCUUUGGGCUAGAACACCGCUCACCAGGUCAGGCUGCCUGAAGCCCCAUCCAGCUUGGUCUCGAGCACCUCCAGGCAUGAGGCACCCAUUGCUUCUCUGGGCAGCCUCUGCCAGGGCCUCAGCACCCUCUGACUGAAGAAUUUCUUCAUAUUUUCUAAAUCGAAAUCUAAAUGUCCACUCAUUUGGUUUAAGACCAUUCUUAACCAUGUGACAGUCCCUGACAAAUCGUCCUUCCCAGCUUCCCUGUAGACACCUUUAGGUACUGGAAGGCCACAGAGAAGUCUACCUGGAGCCCACUCUUCUCUGGGUCAAACAAGCCCAACUUUCAACCCAUCUUCAUAGGAGAGGUGCUCCAGCCUUCUGAGCAUCCUUGUGGCCCUCACUGCCAAGGAACUGUGGGGCUCCAUCCAGACAGCAUUCCCCUUCUUUGUAGUCAAACUUUCUGUGCCCACUGCCACACAAUCUAUAUGCACAGCCCUCCUACCCUGUUGUAGGCGUUAAGUCCUUGCCACCCCGGGGGGCAGGGAGUGCAGGGAUGUUGCCGUGUUGGGGGGUGG